AUGAACCGUCUUGCAGCCAGCCAGAGGACAAAAACACAGGUUAUCCUCAAGUUACUGCCGGGAGCCCAUACCGCGUUGAAAACCGCUAAUACUUUGCGCCGCUCCUACUCCAUCGUCCAAAGCAAGAAGCCACCAAGAGUUCCAAUCUCAAUCGACGGCAAGACUCAGGAAUUCUCCUCCCUCCUUUUGCGUGACUCCUGCCAAUGUCCGUUGUGCGUUCACGAAUCAACCAAACAGCGUCUCUUCUCGACCGCCGAUAUCCCAGCCAACAUCCAAGCCCGUUCGGUCGAGAUUGAUCCUGCCUCCGAGUCUGUGAACAUCAAGUGGGAGAAUGAUGCCCCGGGUUGUAGCCAAGAUCACACUACGAAGCUGAGCAUGACGGCCCUACGAGAGAUCAUCGAGUCGGGCUCUCUCCCCGGCUUCGGCAGAGACAAACACGAUGCGCAGGUUCUGUGGACUAAGGAGCCUCUACCAAACUUAGAUGACUUCGAUUACGAAGAGUAUAUGAAGGAUGAUAAAGAAGUCUAUAAGCUCAUUCAUCAGCUUCGAACUGAUGGCCUGGCGUUUGUCACAAAUGUUCCUGGCAAGGUAGACUCGCUAGCCACGAUCGCUGAACGCAUUGGUCCCGUCCAGGAUACCUUUUAUGGCCGCACAUGGGAUGUGCGUACGGUUCCUCAAGCCAUCAACGCCGCAUAUACGUCCGCCGAUCUGGGUUUCCAUACCGACUUGCUAUACUUCCAGAACCCUCCGCAUGUUCAGCUUCUCCACUGCGUCCAAUCUGCAUCCAAGGGAGGAGCCAGCGUCUUUGCCGACGCCUAUAAGUCGGCAAUCGACUUAUUCCACUCGGAUCCAGAGGCAUUCGAGACCCUUGCCGCAAUCCCCGUCAACUACCACUACAACCAUCCCAAUGACAACGUAUACCGCACGACGAAGCCAGUCAUUGACCUCCGACCGCUCCAAAUCGGCGAUAAGGUGUAUACUCGUGUUCAAGAUUAUGCUCAAGACUACCACCAGCUCAGCCUCAAGAAUGGAGGCUCUGGAUGGGGCGACGCGGUGCUCGUUGAACAUAUGCUAAAGAUCAACUGGGGUCCCCCGUUCCUCGCACCCUUUUCGAAUCAUCAAGACCCCCUAGUUGAGAAACGAGGCGAUCAAUCACCUCUAUCAGUAUUGAACGAUAAGGUCGACGCAUGGCACGAAGCUGCUUUCAAGUUCAACGCAUUGCUACAGCGGUCCGAGUAUCUUUUCGAGCGAAAGAUGAACUCGGGUGACUGUGUCCUUUUUGACAACACGAGAACUCUGCACUCAAGGAGAGCUUUUGACAUGGCUGAUAUUGGAAAGCCACGAUGGUUAAGGGGCACUUACGUUGAUAAGGAUUCAUACUUCAGCAGGCUGCGUGUCUUGAAGAAUAGAUUUGGCUAAUAAUGUAUGAGGGGCAGGACGUGAGUGAAGGGGCGUCAAAAGACCGGUCAGUCUGACACUCUUAAAGUCAGAUAAAUAAGACUUAAAGAAGAUUCAAUAGUUUAAGAGCCUGUAGAUAUAAUUCAUUCAUUAAGAUUACUGUAAG